GAAAGGUAAAUUGUGCGUUUCAAUGUGAGAACAAAUGGGCCUCUAGACAAACUAUUGAGGGCUAUUAACAUAGCAUCUCUGAGCUCUAUUACUGACAUUAAAUGUGAAAGGUGACUUUUCUUCAGAUGAACACGAAAGAGCGUUUAGUUGUGUAAAUAUUUUAACAUUCUCUAAUAGACACGUUCGAUAUUGCAGCAAUGCGACACAUUAAAGGUUAUUUGUCCACUCAACGCACGAUUAAAAUGGUUGGCGGUGACACAUAACAAAAACGAGUGUUCAAAUAUGAGGUGUUCAAUGAGAUAAAUCCACAUUAUGCUGUCAUCCAAAGGGAUCAGUUGUCACAGUCACAGUCCGAGAAAGACAGGGAGAAAGUGGGUCUAUCAGGACAGUGAAAUCAGGCCCUGUGACACAGAACGAUAAAAGUGUUUGGACUUAGCUUACUUUAAAUUCGGAUAGUCGACUACGUUCAAUCUAAAAUAGUUUUAUAUUCGUUAUCAUCACUAAAAGGGCUCUUGUCAUAAGUGAGUGUAAAGACCAAUGACAAGACUAGCAAAGACCAAAGCUAACAUAUUUUAGACUACUUCUUGGUAAAGUGCUAUGUAGUCGGCUAAACAGCUUUUUAAGGCAAGUCGUUUUGUGAAGCAGACCCAGGGAAACAAUGGACAGCCGCUGAGACGAAAUCUCCAUGGCCAGUGUUCCAGAGGACAAGAACAGAUUGGUGCGUCUGGCCAAGGAGAUGCGUGUAGAGAACAGGUCGGCAAUGGACAAGGGGCACAGAGCCAGCGCCGAGUACAAGAAACGCCGGGCAAGGGUGGAGUCUGCGUCCCGGGGCUCUAUCUGCAGCAGACACGGGUCCGCCGUCACGUGUCGUCACCGGCCGGACUCCGUGAAACAACCCCCGAAGUCGAUUCUGAAAUCUAAGACAUCCACGGGGGGAACUGUGGUGACCCGGUCACAAAGCACAUCUGCCGAGACGGGUAAAGAAAACAGUGCUGGGAAAGAGAAAAGUAACUGUAUUCACGUGGAGGAUAUUGAGGACGAAGACGAUGAGGGAGGCGAGGAGGAUUGUGAUACUGAUUUGGAGAAUGAAGUUGCCAAAUCUCAAAUUUCCAAAGCAGAUAACAGCGUCGAGUAUUUGUACGAUGCUGCUUGCCAAAGGUUCGCCUUAAUCCCCCUGUCGGCGUUCACACGGCAGCUAGAAGACGCCGAUAUUCAGCUUAAUAACCAAGGGCUUAGUUCUAAAGACAUGAUGGCCAUAUCUAUAGCUUUACUGCGGAAUACCCUGUGUACGACGCUCUCCUUGGCUGGUAACGACAUAGGGGAAGACGGGUGCCGCUAUAUAUGUGAAAUGCUGCAGGAUAACGUCAGCAUAGUCCGAUUA